CAACAGGGAGGGUGUGUUUCGCGCAGUAUUAUUUUUCAUUCUCGCGCGUAUUCGUUUACGUACAAACCUUUAAUCCAAUUACAGGUUAAAAUUAUGAAGGUUCAAUGACACGCUCCUUGGUUUAUGGUUGAUAAUGGGAUAAAGUGGUUGUAACUAAUAUGCGGUUAAAGGUUUUCCCGGUUUAAAGUUUCAUUGUGUUUUGGUGGAAAAUGUUUUGGGAGGAUGUGAGUUUGGAAAAAUGGUGAAGGCGUCUCGAACGCGAUGUGCUCUCGGAGGAUUUUUGCUGGCGUGGUGCGCUGUUGGGGUCCGGGGACUGAUAGAAAUCGUGGAAGAGCAGCGAUGCCACGACUACGAAUUCCGUCUGACAUGCCGAGAACUGGACACGCACAUAGCAGUGCUGGACGCGUGGUACAUAGCCGCAGAGCACUACCACCGCACCUCGAACGACACCCCAACCCACGCUAGUAUGAUAAGCACCGAGAACGAUUCUGAACUCGAUCGAGUUUACGUCUAUUCUAGUCCCAAACACAACGGCGUUUACGAGUUGACGAACCAUUCCAUUUUUGAAAACAGUGAUAAUUUUACCGCGUCUAAUUAUACUACUUUAAACAACACGGAUUUGUCAGUGAACGAUAGUAUCAGUUUUAAUGACACUUUUGACAGUGUGGAUAUGUCAGUGGAGUUUGUGAACGCUAGUGAGGGGUGCGGGGUGGAGACGUUUGCGCGUAGUUACGCGAGUUGGCAUGAAGGUGAUAAACGGCGUAGGCCCGUGUCGAGGGCGUCGGCUUUGAACUUACGAGCGCCGGUGAGCUACAGAUGUACGGGGGUGAACCACUGCAGCUUCGUGUUGGCGGAGGACUAUCCACCCUCCAGGAGUUGGGCCACGGGAAUCGUGUAUAUCAAAUACGCUUGUUUUGAUGACCUAGUAUCAGUCCACUACUGCAACCGCGAGGUGUCGAUAUCCGCGCGCGGGGCGGACAGCGAGGGAUACAUCCGCACGCCGGGGUACCCGCACUUCUACGUCGGGGACGAGUGCCGCUGGCGACUGACGGUGCAUCCCGAGCAGAGGAUACGAUUGACUCUGCUCGACGUGGAUAUGAGGAGUAUAGGACCAUUCGAAAACGCAUGCACAGACUACGUGACCGUCGAGGACUCCAACGGCAGCGUCCUUCUGUCCACCUGCGAGCAGGUGUUCUGGCCUCUGGAGCUGACCUCCUCCGUCGACUCAGUGGAAGUAGUUGUUAAAGCUAACUCUAAGGGCGCCUUCCCUAAGAGAGGCGUGUUGUUACAUUAUAAAAGUGUUGGUUGUGUGACCAUGUCAGCGCCAUCUGACGGGUACUUGGUGUACCGCAAUGAAAACGUCGCGCACUACAUGUGCAACGUAAACUUCGUUUUCGAGGACACCAGACAGAGGGCGCGAGUAAUAUGGUGCUAUGACGAUAACAGAUGGAAUGAAACUCUACCUGCGUGUAUAGAAGAGGCGGCCACAAAGGUCGCCGGGGACACAAAGCUGCCGCACAACGAGGCUAACAUGAUAGUUGACAUCGUCAUCCCGUCGCUUCUGAUAGCGGCGCUGUUCAUCGGGAACGCCUUCAUCGUGCUCAUCAUAUACAAAUAUAGGAAACGGAAAACCGACGACCUGGAGGAUGAAUUCAACACAAUACCACUGAGCGUCAACGGGGUCCACAGCGCGGGCAACGCGGUCUAGCUCACGCCCACGCGUGGGCAAACACUGUGGGCAUACACUAGGAGCAUGAUGUUAUUUCGCACACCUCACUACUGAACUGCCGGUUCCAUUGUACACAAAUCCUGAACCAUGUUGAAUAUGCAGGCAUUACUUGGCGAGAUUCAUUAUAAUGUAUUUUUAAUUUUUGUAUAUUUCGAGAAAAUAUACGACCUAGUGCAGAAAUGCCAUCUAGAUCUGAUCAAUUUAUUAUACUCGUAUCUUCAGGGUAAUUAUGUUCGCUUUAUAAUAUUUCAUUGCUUUUUUACUAUUGACCAUAGUAGAUUCUCCUUCUUGUCAAUUUUGUAACAACUCUCUCUGACUCAUUUCCAUAGAGUCUAGAAAAUAAAUCUGACAUAAAGGAAUAAAUAAAAUAUUUAUUACCUAUACUAUUCUAUUACUUACUCGGAGUUUCUUUCUAUGCCACAAGAUAUAAUAUAUAUCCUCUUGUGCCAUUGAAAAAAACUUCGAGUAGGCUCCAAGACUUGUGACCAGGGUGUUACUUAGGUUUUUAAGAGACCCAUAAGUCAGCCACUGACGAUCAAGUAAGCUCACAUGCCUGCAGUGCUAACGGCUUGACGUCCGAUAAAACUGAUCGUGUGUUGGUCGCGAUCGGCAUGGUGUCAUCCACAUCGCGACCAACACACGAUCAGUUUUAUCGGCUAAGCCGUUAGCGCUGCAGGCAUGUGGGCUUAUCGAAUGGUGAGUGGCUAGCAUUACCCUUAUAAGACGCGUCAAUAUUUUACCUUCACUUUUUAUUUUUUAAGUCAAAAUUGAUAGGAUAGUACUACUACUCUGGAUGCCCUUUCCAUUUCUACAAAAAAUAUUUAUAUAUACAAGUAAAGCUACGAUUGUGUGGAAAAGAGGUCGACUGAAGGAGGUUAGAUAGAAUUAACCGAAACUUCUUGAUCCCACACAAGAUGCUCUUUGAUAGCAUUAGUUUAACGAUGGGUUCCGUGAAGCGAUCCGUCACUCAAGACAUGCCAAUUUAGUUGAGGAUUUGUGUGCCUACGAAUUAGCAUAACUUACGUUACCAUUUUUUUUUAUUUUAGUAUAAGACUAUCCGCAUCUGUGUAUAGCUGUGUACUUUAUAUAUGUAAUGUUGUAUAGUUAUUUUGCUUAGGGCCGAUUUUAACACCUUUUGGUAAGUGUUAUGUCAGCCACUAACGAUUGACUGAUAAAACUGAUCGUGUGUUGGCCUCGAUCGGCAUGAUGUCAUGCACAUCGUGAUCAAUACACGAUCAGUUUUAUCGGACGUCAAGCCGUUAGCGCUGCAGGCAUGUGAGGUUAUUUGAUCGUCAGUGGCUGACAUCAGAAAGAUUAAUUAGGGCUACAGACAUACAGAGUGCAGUUAUAACUGUACAGUCAAUGUCAUCUUUUGAAGCCUCGAUGGCUCAGUGGUAAAGUGGCCGGAUUCAUCACGGAGAGGUGGUGGUUCGAUCCCCGUCCGCUGGACUAUUGUCGUGCCCACGCCUAACGCAGUCUUUUUCCGACUAAUUGGAGGGCAACGGAAAUAUUGGUCGUAUUUGAAAGAUAUGGCAAAUAUUCUUUUUAAAAACAAAGAGAAACAAAACAAAUCUGUUCAGGUCAAACAUCAGUGUGUAGGCAAAACUGAAAACUCAAUAACUGUCCAGUAUUUUAAUGAUUUUCAUUGAAAUUUCGAUUAUAUAAAACUACACUUUAAACUGCAGUUUUGUAGGUCUGUAGCCCGCUUAAGUGUAACUUUUGUCACUUUCUUAUUUAGUGUAACUAUUCUAUAAGAUCAAGAGCCUGUGGGGAAUAGACCUUCAUCAAUUUCGUAGCGACUACAGGCUCUUACACUAUAAACUGUUAACAUGUAUUAUGUGUCUACACUCCUCAAAUAUAUGAAUUUCUAAACGAUUUGAAGUCGGUUUUCCAACACGUCUACAAAACAUGUGUAAUGUAGGGCGCACAUGUGAUGAUUACAGAGAAUAAAUGAAAACAAACAAAGCCAAAACUUUGGGGUCUGCGGGAAUUUUUAACGUAAUUUUGCCAGUGAGAUGUUGUGACUCUAGAGAUAUACAACUUAGUACUUAAGUAAUAUAGUUACUUGUUUUACAUUUCAUCAAUCGAAGCAAAUGAUUAAAAUGGCAAAUAAAAAACAAAUCUAUAAUGUAGUGCUAGGCGAAUAUCAAUGUCCUCUCCCUCCGUGUAGUGUUCCUCAUUACUGAGGGUCGUGACGCCUAUCACACAUUCACGACUUUAUCCCGCACGAUGUCACACCAUGCGGCUUGGCUUUUCGCGACUUGUGGAGCUUAUAAAUCAAUAAGCUAAUGCUAAUAAAUACCUAACUGAUUACAAGCAUGUUUGCCGGUGUAAUUACAGACACACGAGGUUUAUCACUUACGACUCAUGUUGGUAGACUCAAGAUGGCGCUUUGUAGGAUGGCGCGUUCCUUGUAUGCCCUGUGAAGUAUUCCUCUGUUAAUAGCCGAUGGUUUUCCACUUACCAUCAAAUGGUACACUGCUUGCCAUCUCAAAUAUAACUGCUAAAAAUGGAAGUUCAAUAAUCUGUUCUUUCAGGCAUGUUUGUAAUAUUAACACGUUUUAGGUAAGCGAAUAUUAUCGCCUCUAGAGAGUCAAAACAUCUCACUGGAUUUUGGCCUCUCGUGGUUUCGCAUUGAAAAGUUAUUAAACCCACGAGAUCCGUUAAAAUCCUGAAAUAACCGUAAACUUUCUUGUUCACAGAAUGUAUAAACAAGCAACUUUUUAUUUAUUUGUAUUAUUAACUGAAGAUGUACCUAAGUUAUUAUAACAAAUUUGUAUAGAAGCCUUUAGUUAUCUGUAUUUUUAAAAUAUCUAUAAAUAUCCUCAUUUAAAUAAUAUUAUGAUUGUAAAUCAUGAUAAUUAAGAACUGUUGAGAUUCCAGUUUUAAAUCUUGAACCUUAGAAAUUAAUUUUAGACCAUGUGACCUUAGGGUACCCACAGACUAGAUAUUAUAUUUGUAGAGUUGCGGACAAUGUGUCGAUUGUAUUUUUAAAUUAUGGCAACUCUUCGAUGUUAUUAGUGACGUCAUUAUUUAUACCUUGUUGGAACGCGCAUUCCAAUUUGUUAAGAGAAAUUGAAAACCCACAACAUUUGCAUUUAAUUUGGUUGUAUUGUUCACGCGACUUUGGGCAUCACAUCGUUUCUCACAUUUAUUUAAUACUCGUUUGUGAACAAACAAACAAAAUUGUUCAUUAUAAUGUACAUACGUAUAAGCAAACCUACGUAUUAGCCUUUUAAGUUGUAGUUGGUCUUGUAGUAAGAAAUUUUAUUCUUGCAUUUGGUAUAUAUGUAUAAUUAUUGCAUUUAUAUGUGUAAUAUUUUGGAUUAUUAACUUUAAACUAGGUAGGUAAUAUUCCAAAGGUGAAAGGCCUGUUUAACAUGAAAAAGAAUAUUCAAUUUGUUUAAUAUUCCAAAGAUGCGAAGUCUGUGCAACAUGAAAAAUAAUAAUAUUCAAGCUGAUGAAUUUUUUUUACCUUUGUUCUUAAAUAAGAUACGAUUGUCUUCAGUCUGUGGGAGCCCUAAAAUUAGAUUGCCUAGAUGUUAAGGUAAGGACUGAUAAAUAUAUUGGCAGAAUACCCUUGAAAUGUAUGUCGCUAUUACCUGAUUUAGUCGCACAUGUGGUCACUGCCCUAUUUUUAAUUUCAAUUCAUGGUCAUGCUUCAUAGUUGUAACUAGCUAAGUCCUUCGGUUUCGUCUCCAAAUUGUUAAUGUUUUUGUAUGUAUUUGGCGAAGUCUGUAUAGAAUUAUUGUAAUGAAUAAAGGCACUAUCUUUAA